AAUCUGCUGGGUCAUCACUGCCUCUCUGUGUCCCUCACCCCAGGCCAGGGGGCCUGAGGGCUUGGGCUCAUCACGGGUGUCCCCUGUAUCCAGCGCAGGGCCAAGUCUAUUAGUCCAGAAAGAAGGGACUUGGUAAUACCAUACAGAAUAUCCACUUGUCUUAAAAUGAAGAGGCAAAGGCAUUACACUUGAAAUAUGAACAGAUGGAGCCAGGAGUCAGCCUUGACCUGGCCAUGGGAUGAAUGAAUCCAGAGCCGGGCCCAGGAACUUACUGAAGGAUGAUGCUGGUGUUGGCUGAGCUUCCAUUUUCCAGCUCUACUGUAGCAGGAACAGUGAAGUCAACUGUCGACCCUGGAAGGAUCCAAACCAUUAGCAUCUCCUAGGACUUAUAAUUCCUCUGUGAGGUCCACAGAGCAGGGAGUUGUUGGAGCUCCACAACUUGACUUUGGGGGUACAGAAAAGGUAGGAAGCACUUCCUAGAAGAUGGGCAAUUAUUUGUGGAAUCAUCUGGAUCCUUGUGAAACUCCUGAAGACCUGGCUCUGCUCCAUCACCAGCAGACCAGUGCAGGCUGGACAGUCCUACACCCUUGGCUAUUAUCAGGGGAAGAAGGAUACAAAUAAUCAGCCAACUCCUUAUCAUGUUUCUCAAUUUCAAAGAACUAGAAAGAAAAACCGCAAGAGAAGUUCAGGUUAAAGUGGGAGCAGCUCAGCAACAAAUGGACAAUAUGCCACCUGGAAUCAUGGCACAGACAGUUCAUAAAGCACUUUCACCUCACACCUGUGACCUCAUGCAAUUUGCAUCACCAGCUUGGAGGAGUGGAAUGUGGACUGAGAAACUCAAAUAUUUGGUCAGCAAAAGUCCCCAGCCUCAGGGGUGGAGAAAAGACAUCAGGACAGACAUCGAGAGCUCAGUUUAUUAAAGUGCCAGAAGAAGGGUAGAGUGAUAGCUAUUCACUAAAACUGUGUCUUGUGAAUGCUACAAAGUAGAAUUGGAGAAUUUCAUGACAAUGGGCUCUGUUCGGCCUGGCCCUCUUCCUGUUUAAGUUCUAUCUUCCAGGCCUCACUCAGAUACAACUUUAAGAAGUCUCCCACUCCCGAACCAUGCAUCACAGGAGCAGCCUGGGGUCCGGGGCCCCCAGCUCCUUCAGUAAUCUGCAAACUCCGCGACGCGGAUUCAGGCGGCAACUAACCAGAACGCAGGGAAGGGGCUCGGACUCGCCCUGGGGUAGGGCCACCCACACCACCUCGGCAGCCCAGUGUCCCCUGCCUCCGAUCACCACCGUGCGGGCCUUUCCGCCUGGAAGCCGUCUGGUGUCUCGAGGCCAGGACUGCUGCUGGGUGACGGAACCCUGCGCGGCAGGAUCCCCAACCGACUUACAGUGCCGAUCUUCAGCCCUCUGGGGCUCCGCCGGGCAAGUGGGGGAGGCUGCCGGGGUCGCUCCAGCUCUCGCCCGAGGUCCCCUAGGCCCGGGAACCAAGCACACCGGACGCCGGAUCCGUUUCCGACUGGACGUGUUGCCCCCCGUCAGCUGGAUUUUGGGCGAGGGCGGGCCAGAAGUCACCUGACUGUAGUCACCUGACCUGGGCGUACAGGGGCAAGAGCAGGAUGUGAGCAGAAUCAUCCAAGCCCUAAAUGAAUGCCUUGCUGCCCUUCCUCGGCAGCUGCUCCAGGAAGUCUGUGGCAUUGGAGUGUCAGGACAAAUGCAUGGAGUCAUGUUUUGGAAAACAGACCAAGGUUGUGAAUGGAGAGAGGGAAGAGUUUCUCCUGUGUUUGAGCCUGGAGCCGUGAGCCACCUGGUCACAUGGCAGGAUGGCCGGUGUAGCAGCGGGUUCCUAGCUUCUUUGCCCCAGCCAGAGUCCCAUCUCAGUGUGGCCUCAGGAUUUGGCUGUGCAACCAUCUUCUGGCUUUUGAAGAAUAGCCCAGAGUUGCUGAAGUCCUACGAUGCUGCUGGCACCAUCCAUGACUAUGUGGUUGCCAUGCUGUGUGGCUUGCCAAGAUCCCUGAUGUGCGACCAGAAUGCUGCUAGCUGGGGAUAUUUCAACACUCAGAGCCAAAGCUGGAACUUAGAGAUAUUGAGGGCCUCAGGCUUUCCUGUCCACCUGCUCCCAGACAUCGCUGAGGCCGGCAGUGUGGCAGGCAGAACUUCCCGUGCCUGGUUUGAAAUCCCAAAGGGGACACCGGUGGGCGUGGCCUUGGGUGAUUUACAGGCCUCCGUGUAUUCCUGUAUGGCCAAAAGGACAGAUGCAGUUCUCAACAUCAGCACCUCAGUUCAGUUGGCAACCUCCAUGCCUUCUGGAUUCCAGCCGGCGCAGACUCCAGACCCUGCAGCUCCUGUUACCUACUUCCCAUACUUUGACAGGACCUACCUGGCAGUGGCAGCAUCACUCAAUGGGGGCAACGUGCUGGCCACGUUUGUCCACAUGCUGGUACAGUGGAUGAUGGAUCUAGGUCUAGAAGUUGAAGAAUCCACUGUGUAUUCACGCAUGAUCCAGGCAGCUGCACAGCAGAGAGACACCUGCCUAACUAUCACUCCAACGGUGUUGGGGGAGAGGCACUUACCGGACCAGCUAGCCUCAGUGACCAGAAUCUCUUCCUCUGAUCUCACCCUGGGGCAUGUGACCAGAGCCCUGUGCCGAGGCAUUGUCCAAAACCUGCACUCCAUGCUUCCAUUUCAACAGCUCAAGGAAUGGGGUGUGGAGCGGGUGAUUGGCAGUGGGAGUGCGCUGUCCAGGAAUGAGGUGCUGAAGCAGGAGGUGCAGAGGGCUUUUCCCUUCCCAGUGUCCUUUGGGCAGGAUGUGGAUGCAGCUGUGGGGGCAGCACUGGUCAUGCUCCAGAAAAAUCUUAACCAGAGGGAGUCUUAGUGCAUUCUUUGGCCAAAGGACUGUUGGAAAUUUUAUCUAAUUCACAUUCCUGACAUGACGUUUGGCUCAUCCUCUUCCUGGACAGUUUUGUGGGCAGCUUUUAAGCAAAGCUUGUUUGACCAAGGCACUGUCUUGACCAAGAACCUACCUUCAGGGCAUACUCUAAUAAUUCAGCCAAGAGUCAUCAACUGGAUCCCAAAUCCGUGCUUUCCAAGAGACUUGCUAGGGAACCACUCACAAAUGUAAAUGUGGAAAAAAGACAGAGGGAAAAAAAAA